AUGCUUUCCAGCAGAAUCUCGCUCCUGUUCCUCUUCUUCUGCCAAGGUAAGUCUGGCAAGGGCUCGAAAGUACCUUGGGACGGAGGGUUGCAUCCGAUGCCAGCCUUGCACGGAACAGGACCAUUGAAACCCACAUGGUGUUCAUUGAUUUCAGGACGAGCAUUGAGUAUACACCCCAUAAACCUCUGUAUAGCUUAGCCGGGAAAGUGAUUCUCUGCUUUCUCUCACUCCCAACACUCGCAUCUCUUAAAGGAACUAAAUUCUCUCCCCAUCGGUUUUGAUCGGCCAAAGUUUCCCCCAUUAAUAUUAUUAUUAUUUGGAUGGGGUUAUUUAUGCUCAGCUGAGCUCAUCCUCACUGCACCAUCUCGCCUCCUCUGGACUUUAAAUCUCUCUCUCUUGCAUGCUGUGUGUCCAGAGAAACCUCACAAAAUUUAGCAAACCGGACAAUAUGUCUGUCCUUAUUGCUCACAAGCCGCUUGGCAUUCAAAAUUCCUCCGAGAUCUUUGCAGCCUAGUUUUUGUUCUUGGUCGACGCGACUUGGACUUCUGCAACCUCCGUGCCGAAAAGGGUUAAGAGACAAUGUAAGCAUAGGCUACAAAAUUCCUUACCGCAGACAGGAGGGUGGAAAAGUUAGCUGGACUUUUUUCAGACAUGAUUUGGACCCUCUCCAUAUUAUUUGCAACCAUUCUCUCCAUGAGAUCCCGGUGAUCUUGUCAGAUUUCCCCUUUCUGGAUUCCUCCUCUCCUAUUUUCCAGUUCAGCCUUUCCAAAUAUGUGCCUUUGCGGUGCCAUCUGGAAUAUGACAGAUACAAGCUGGUGUCCAUAUUUCGUUUCCCACUCGUUUUUGUUUAAAAAAAAUAUGAGAUGUUUUCCUCCCUAUUUGAGAGCAGAAUCAUCUCUCGAAAUGCAAGGUAAACGAAUGCUCUUAGGAACUUGGACGGCAAUUCUGCCCUCUAAUGAUUUCAGAACCCUGGACAGCGAUUCCUCGGCUACUUUCCUAGUUAUUUGUGGCCAGGACCCAAGGCACAAGCGGAGCUCUAAAUGCAUUGUGAUUAAAUAGUGCAUUUUAAAAGAAUCUCACCCACCACCACACACACUUUGAACAGCAGGUCCCUGUGCCCUAAUCAUGAGCUUAGUUUGAAAUUUGUUUUUGUUGUUUAGUCGUUUAGUCGUGUCCGACUCUUUGUGACCCCCUGGACCAGAGCACGCCAGGCACUCCUGUCUUCCACUGCCUCCCGCAGUUUGGUCAAACUCAUGCUGGUAGUUUCAAGAACACUGUUCCACCAUCUCGUCCUCUGUCGUCCCCUUCUCCUUGUGCCGUCCAUCUUUCCCAACAUCAGGGUCUUUUCCAGGGAGUCUUCUAUUCUCAUGAGGUGGCCAAAGUCUUGGAGCCUCAGCUUCAGGAUCUGUCCUUCCAGUGAGCACUCAGGGCUGAUUUCCUUAAGAAUGGAGAGGUUUGAUCUUCUUGCAGUCCAUGGGACUCUCAAGAGUCUCCUCCAGCACCAUAAUUCAAAAGCAUCCAUUCUUUGGCGAUCAGCCUUCUUUAUGGUCCAGCUCUCACUUCCAUACAUCAGUACUGGGAAAACCAUAGCUUUUACUAUACGGACCUUUGUUGGCAAGGUGAUGUGAAAUACACAGAACUAAAACAGCUUCCUGUGUGGCACGGUGAUUGCUGUUUGCACUGUGCUCUGGAUAACGGCCAAAAGGUUUGAUCAAGGGGGUAGGCAGCGUGGUGUAGUGGGUAGAGCUAUCCCGUGGAUAUCCAGAUUCACUCCCAGCUCUGCCACAAAGCUUCUCGGGGGGAGGGGGGGGCGGCAGCGAGGGUGUGUGUGUUGUGCAAAAGUCAAGAUUUCCAGGAAAGAAAACAUUAUAGAGUAUACAAAUGAUCACCCACAGUUGGAUACUCUGUCUGUGUGUGUGUGUGUGUGUGUGUGUGUGUGUGUGUGUUAGGCAAUAAGCAAAGGCAAAAUAAAUUGUGACAUUACCAUAUCACAACAACACUUACCCGGACUGUGUUAUCAUACGGGGGGCAGGCACUAACUAAGCAGAGAUGACCACAUUGGGUUUCUAUUUUGCACCUGCUUCGAUAAAGGUUUGUUAUAUAAAUAAUACUGGGCAACCAUAAUUCCUAAACCGUUUCCCCUCCGCAAAAAAACCCCACACACAUUUCCGUUCCGAUACUGCCAUUGGGGGCCAGCUGUGGCCAGGAAAGUGCCCGCCUGCUAUUUCUCCCCUGAUAUAUAUAUAUAUAUCACUCUUAAUUUGAUUACUUUUCCCUGGGCUGUCAGCUGCUGCUGCUGCUGAGUGGUGUAGAGUUUCUGAAUAGGGUUGCUUGGGAGAGAAUUUGAUGGAUAGAGUUUUGCCCGUGAUCAGGCUCUGGCUGAUGAGCACAUGCAGAGCUGGCAAGGUGUUUUUUUAUUCCCAUCUGAUUCACAAGGGUCUCGGUCUCUUUCUCUUUCUCUCUCUCUCUCUCUCUCUCUCUCUCUCUCUCUCUCUGUGUGUGUCUGCUAGCCUGCCCACCAGCCAUUUGACUUGGUUUCGGCUUUUUGGAGCUUUCUGCUAUGCAGAACAUCUUUCUGCAGAGUACCUGCUCCCUGCGCAGGACAAGCUGCAGCCCGGAUUUGUGCAACUUGGGUCUGUUACACAGAAACCGAAGAAGAGCUGCUUUUUAAUGAGUCAGGCCAGUGCUGCCUGCACAGACUGGCAGUGGCAGGGUUUCAGGCAGGAGACUUCUCCUACCCGGAGGGGCCACCGGGAUUUGAGCUUAUGCAGGCAAAGCAUAUGCUCUGUCGCUGAGCUACUGCCCAUCCAAUAAUAAUAAUAAUAAUAAUAAUAAUAAUAAUAAUAAUGUUUUAUAUCCCGCCCUCCCCAGCCGAAGCCAGGCUCAGAGCAGCUAACAACAAUAAAAUAAUACAACAUUCUAAAAUCAUUUCAUUAUAAAAUUAAUUCAAAUCAAAUUGAUGGCAACCAUUGGGCUGGAGUUCUGUGAAGAUUGCCAAAGGAGGGAGUCAGACUGCGCCCUGGCCAAAGGCCUGGUGGAACAGCUCUGUCUUGCAGGCCCUGCGGAAAGAUGUCAAGUCCCGCAGGGCCCUAGUCUCUUGUGACAGAGCGUUCCACCAGAUCAGGGCCACGGCUGAAAAAGCCCUGGCUCUGGUAGAGGCCAGCCUAACCUCCCUGUGGCCUGGGACCUUCAGGAUGUUUUUGUUUGAAGACUGUAAGGUCCUCUGUGGGACAUACCAGGAGAGGCGGUCCUGUAGGUACGAGGGUCCUAGGCCGUAUAGGGCUUUAAAGGUUAAAACCAGCACCUUAAACCUGAUCCUGUACUCCACCGGGAGCCAGUGCAGCUGGUAUAGCACUGGGUGAAUGUGAUCCCGUGGCAAGAACCCUGUAAGUAGUGAGGACCCCGUAAGGAGUCUUGCCGCAGCAUUCUGCACCUGCUGGAGUUUCUGGGUCAGUCUCAAGGGCAGCGCCACGUAGAGCGAGUUACAGUAAGACACAGGAAUGUGGGAAGCUGCCUUACACCAAGCCACUCCAUUGGCCCAUUUUGCUCAGCAUUGAUGCACUGGCCACGAUCAGCUUUCCAGCAUUUCAGACAAGGGCCUCUCCUGGCCCUACUUGGGAGUUGCUGGGGUUGAAUCGGGGAACUUCUGCAUACAGAAUCGUAUUUUAAUAUUCUGUUGGAAGCUGCCCAGAGUGGCUGGGGAAACCCAGCCAGAUGGGUGGGGUGUAAAUAAAUCAUCCCCAUCCCCGUCAUCAUCAUCACAUUCACCCAGUGCUAUACCAGCUGCACUGGCUCCCAGUGGAGUACAGGAUCAGGUUCAAGGUGCUGGUUUUAACCUUUAAAGCCCUCUACGGCCUAGGACCCUCGUACCUACGGGACCGCCUCUCCUGGUAUGUCCCACAGAGGAACUUACGGUCUUCAAACAAAAACAUCCUGAAGGUCCCAGGCCACAGGGAGGUUAGGCUGGCCUCAACCAGAGCCAGGGCUUUGUCGGCUGUGGCCCCGAUCUGGUGGAACACUCUGUCACAAGAGACUAGGGCCCUGCGGGACUUGACAUCUUUCCGCAGGGCCUGCAAGACAGAGCUGUUCCACCAGGCCUUUGGUCAGGGCGCAGCCUGACUCCCUCCUUUGGCAAUCUUCACAGAACUCUAGCCCAAUGGUUGCCAUCAAUUUGAUUUGAGUUAAUUUUAUAAUGAAAUGAUUUUAGAAUGUUGUAUUAUUUUAUUGUUGUUAGCUGCCCUGAGCCCGGCUUUGGCUGGGGAGGGUGGGAUAUAAAUAAAAAUUAUGUAUUAUUGUGUUAUGUGUGUGUGAUUAUCUUAUUAUCCUCAUCAAAGAUUCUCCACCCCGAUUCAAUCCACAAAUUGAACAAACUCGCUUUUGUACUGUUUUAUUGUUGUUAGCCGCCCUGAGCCCAGCUUCGGCUGGGGAGGGCGGGAUAUAAAUAAAAUUUAUUAUUAUUAUUAUUAUUAUUAUUAUUAUUAUUAUUAUUUUCUAGACAUGUCCCUUAGUACAAAGCUGGUCAGUGUUCUGAAUUUGUCUCCUAUCAUAGAAUCAUAGAAUUGGAAGGCCUCCUAGGGUACCCCGGGGUCUGUCUGGAACCUUAUAUCCCAGCUCGAUCACCAAGAUCAUCUGCAGGAACAUCGUUGGUCGUUCCCCAAGUUCAUAGAAUUGUAGAGUUGAAAGGGGCCCCUUGUGGUCAUCUAGUCCAACCCCCUGCAAUGCAGGAAUCUCAGCUAAAGCAUCCAGGACAGACGGCCGCCCAACCUCUGCUUGAAAACCUCCAAGGAAGAAGAGGCCGCCAUCUCCCAAGGGAGAACGUUCUACUGCCAAAAAGCUCUUACUGUCAGAAAGUUCUUCCUGUUUAGUCAGAACCUCCUUCCUUGUAACUCGAAGCCAUGGGUUCGAGUCCUACCCUCCGGAGCAGGAGAAAACAGGCUUGCUCCAUCUUCCAUGGCACAGCCCUUGAGAUAUUUGGCUGUCCUAUUUCCUCUCAGUCUCUUCUCCCAGCUCCUUCAACCGUUCCUCAUCAGGCUUGGUUUCCAGACCCUUGAUCAUCUCCUCAUCACGCCCAUCUUAGCAGCUUUAAAGUCGAGUUCUCUGGAACUGGGAUUCUUGGAACCUUUAAAAGCUUCCCCUUCUGGUAGCUCCCUUAACCUGGAGCUGCUAGAUGAGUCUGCAAUGUUGCCUUAGACAGAUAAGAAGUGCUUUUUAUCUUUAAAAAAAAUGUUUAGGAGUACUCUCAUUUUCCUACUCAUAUUGAAAUACAGUGGUAUCUCGGGUUACAGACGCUUCAGGUUACAGACUCCGCUAACCCAGAAAUAGUACCUUGGGUUAGGAACUUUACUUCAGGAUGAGAACAGAAAUCGUGCAGCAGUGGUGCGGCGGCAGCAGGAGGCCCCAUUAGCUAAAGUGGUGCUUCAGGUUAAGAACAGUUUCAGGUUAAGAAUGGACCUCCGGAACGAAUUAAGUACUUAACCCGAGGUACCACUGUACUGCCCCUCAAUGAGGUCAAACUUAGAUUCACAAAAUGUCUAGGGGUAUGCGUCCAUCCCCCCCCAGAAAAAAGCACUGCAGGUAAGUCAUGUCGUUGGACAAUCUAGCCAACUUCUGACUUCUUCGACCUCUCAGCUGCUCUCCAGAAGUUCCGCUCCCCGCCAGCUCCUGGGAUUGAUUAACCAGGAAUCUCUGGGGUUGAACCCAAGACAUUCUGCCUGCAAGGCACUGGGAUCUACAACUGAGGUACACCUCGACUGGUGAUGGUUAUCGGAAGGCUCCCUUCUCCCUCACUCCCAUCCAUUGCUUCCUGGCUCAGUUCCUCCAUCUAGACUGGCCUGGGAGUGAAGCUGGUUGAAACUGGAACUGUUAAGCACUGUCCAUGUUGCCCGGGGAACUGUGUGUCUGAUACCCGUGUCCUCCCGCAGGUGCCUCAACCACCCCACUCUACCUAGGAGGGCUUGUACCAGUCCAAGGUCUUGGGUACAAGCUCAGCCUGCUGUCCACGUGCUUGGUGCUGAUGGUGCUACAGGGACGUGGGUGGCGCUGUGGUCUAAACCACUGAGCCUCUUGGGCUUGCCGGUCAGAAGGUUGGCGGUUCGAAUCCCCGCGACGGGGUGAGCUCCCGUUGCUCUGUCCCAGCUCCUGCCAACCAAGCAGGUUGAAUGCACACCAGUGCAAGUAGAUAAAUAGGUACCAUUGUGGCGGGAAGAUAAAUGGCGUUUCUGUGUGCUCUGGUUUCCGUCACAGUGUUCGUUUGCACCAGAAGCGGUUUAGUCAUGCUGGCCACAUGACCAGGAAAGCUGGCUUGUGGACAAACGCCGGCUCCCUCGGCCUGAAAGCGAGAUGAGCGCCACAACCCCAGAGUCGUCUUUGACUGCACUUGACCGUCCAGGGGUCCUUUACCUUGCUGAUGAGCAACUUCAAGACCACUCCUCUCAUAAAAAGGUAAAGGGACCCCUGACCAUUAGGUCCAGUCGUGACUGACUCUGGGGUUGCGGCGCUCAUCUUGCUUUAUUGGCCAAGGGAGCCGGCAUACAGCUUCCGGGUUAUGUGGCCAGCAUGACUAAGCCACUUCUGGCGAACCAGAGCAGCACAUGGAAACGCCGUUUACCUUCCCACCGGAGUGGUACCUAUUUAUGUACUUGCACUUUGACGUGCUUUCGAACUGCUAGGUUGGCAGGAACAGGGACCGAGCAACAGGAGCUCACCCCGCUGCGGGGAUUCGAACUGCCGACCUUCUGAUCGGUAAGUCCUAGGCUCUGUGGUUUAACCCACAGCGCCAAACAAAGAAUUGUAGAGUUGGAGGAGACCCAGCAAUGCAGGGAUAUGCAGCUGUCCCAUAUGGGCAUUGAACCACCGACCUUGGUGUUAUCAGACCAAGCGCUAACCAACUGAGCUAUCCAUAGGGAGCUGCCUUAUUCUAAGCGAGACUCUUGCCCAUCUAGUUCAUUGCUGUCUGCACUGACUGGCAGCACCUCUCCAGGAUAUCUAUCUUUUUUCUUCAAAUUUUUGUAUUAGUUUUCCAAAUUUAUAACAAACAUAUCAACAAACAUAAAAAGAAAACAUCAAAAAAACAAACAAACAUUUAUCCUGACUGUAAUACUCCCACUUUUGUUAUCAUUGUUGGGUGACUUCUUCAAAUCCCCCUGGCUGAGUUUCCAAAUAAGUCAUUGUAGCAGUUUACCAAAACUAUUUUCACAUAAAAUUUACUUGGUCAAUUAACAUCUUUCUUUCUUUUCAUUUUGACUUUUAUCCAUAGUAUUCUACAACAUCACAUAUUUAAAUCCUACGCCAAUCUGUUACUCGCAAGUAAUUCUAUUUAAGUUAUCUUAACAUAUUUAACUAGAUAAUCUUUAAAUUUCUUCCAUUCCUCUUGAUACUCCUCCUCCUUCUGGUUGUGGACUCUUUCGGUUAGGUCAGCUAGCUCCGAGAAAUCCAUCAUCUUCAUCUGCCAUUCCUCCACUGUUGUUGGUGUUGUUGUUGUUUAGUCGUUUAGUCGUGUCCGACUCUUCGUGACCCCCUGGACCAGAGCACGCCAGGCACUCCUGUCUUCCACUGCCUUCCGCAGUUGAGUCAAAUUCAUGCUGGUAGCUUUGAGAACACUGUCCCACCAUCUCGUCCUCUGUCGCCCCCUUCUCCUUGUGCCCUCCAUCUUUCCCAACAUCAGGGUCUUUUCCAGGGAGUCUUCUCUUCUCAUGAGGUGGCCAAAGUCUUGGAGGUCUUGGAGCCUCAGCUUCAGGAUCUGCCCUUCCAGUGAGCACUCAGGGCUGACUUCCUUAAGAAUGGAGAGGUCUGAUCUUCUUGCAGUCCAUGGGACUCUCAAGAGUCUCCUCCAGCACCAUAAUUCAAAAGCAUCAAUUCUUCGGCGAUCAGCCUUCUUGAUGGUCCAUCUCUCACUUCCAUACAUCACUGCUGGGAAAACCAUAGCUUUAACUAUACGGACCUUUGUUGGCAAGGUGAUGUCUCAUGUGAUUUCCAAUUUUUGGCCAGCAAAAUUCUAGCACCUCUCCAGGAUUUCAGGGCUCCGUGAAAUAUGCUUCCCGGCCUCCUAAUUUUGAAGGGGAUCUUAUUUUGGAGGCUGGGCACACAUGGGUGAAAGCUCACAGCCCAGUAACAGGAUCCACUUUCCUGCCUGGUUCCAGGUCAAUUUGUCUUAGAGAGGCAGUGUGGUGUAGUGGUUAGAGGUUUGCACCAGGAACUGGGAGCCCAGGGUUAAAAUCCCGACUCAGCCACGAAGGGUGACCUUGGUGCAGUCACUGCCUCACCUACCUCGCAGGCUUGUUGUGAGGAGAAAAUUGGGGAGGAGGGAGAACCACGUACAACAGCCUGAGUUCCUUGAAAGAGAGGUGGGAUAUAAAUGCAAGAAAUAAAGAGAUUGGCAGAUCUCUAAGCGGUGGCGGGAUUGCUCUCCCUAGCAUGUGGCCUCCACCAAAUUAAACUUAGCUGAAAGGGACCAUCGCCCUGUGCUCUACAACUUAUCAACUGGGAUGAUCUAAAGUUUGUUUUGGGAGUUCAGCUUGGUUAAAAUUCCAAUUCCCUCUGUUUUCUUUGCAAUGUCACCUUGACUGAGAACAUGUUGUGUGUGUAGGGAUCUCUGGAUCAGACUCUGUUGUGCAACAACAACCACCCUGGGGACAACCUCAGAGCACCUCACUUGCUUGCAGAAGGUCUCAGGUUGAUCUUCAAUCAAGGAACAUCUCAAGAGCUUGGACAGAGAUCCUGGGUGCUUGCCAGCUCACCAAUAGCUUGAUUCUGCAUGAGGCAGAUUCCUAUCUUAUCAUAACCCCCCAGGCAUACCCUGGCUGUAUGAUUAUAAAUAUGUAUGUAUGUCAUCUUCUUCUUUGGAGAUCACUUGUAGCCGAGUAAGAUUGUCUUCCAUAAACACGGUCUUAACAGUGAGUCCGUAAGUGACCGUAGAGGCCAAUUCUGGAUCCACACAUCCUUCCACAGUGGGGACAUUGGUUCCCGGGUGGGAGUUGCUCACGGUGUGGAUUUGCGAAGCGUGCCUUCCUCUUAGCGCAUUUCUCCCUUGCGUCCUGAGUUCAUUGUCUUCAAAGCCCAUGACACCUUUGGUAAAGACUGUUCUCCAAUUGGGGAACAUGUUGGUGUAUGUGUGUAUGUAUGUAAAUUUAAUAAAUAAUACAGUGGUACCUCGGGUUAAGUGCUUAAUUCAUUCUGGAGGUCCGUUCUGAACCUGAAACUGUUCUUAACCUGAAGCACCACUUUAGCUAAUGGGGCCUUCUGCUGCCGCUGCACGAUUUCUGUUCUCAUCCUGAAGCAAAGUUCUUAACCCAAGGUACUAUUUCUGGGUUAGCGGAGUCUGUAACCUGAAGCCUAUGUAACCUGAGGUACCACUGUAAUGAUGUUAAAGGUAAAGGGACCCCUGACCAUUAGGUCCAGUCAUGGCUGACUCUGGGGUUGCGGCGCUCAUCUCGCUUUAUUGGCCGAGGGAGCCGGCGUACAGCUUCCGGUUCAUGUGGCCAGCAUGACUAAGCCGCUUCUGGCGAACCAGAGCAGCGCACGGAAACGCCGUUUACCUUCCCGCCACAGUGGUACCUAUUUAUCUACUUGCACUUUGACGUGCUUUCGAACUGCUAGCGUUGGCAGGAGCAGGGACCGAGCAAUGGGAGCUCACCCCGUUGCGGGGAUUCGAACCGCCGACCUUCUGAUCAGCAAGUCCUAGGCUCUGUGGUUUAACCCGCAGUGAUGUUAAGGUACUCCAAAAGUUACCUUGGGGUAUGUUUGCCUGCAGAGCUGGCUGACUCCCCAGUUCUCGUUCAGGCUGUGCCUGCAGCUGUCAAUCAAAUAGGGAACCAAUUCCAGCCUCGUCUGCAACAAUACCUAGUGGUAGCCGAGUUAAUGUAUUUUUCAUCUUUUGUAAAGGAAAUGGGAGGUGGUGGCUGCCGGCUGUGUUUUGGCGUUAACAGCCUUGCACUACACAAUUUCCACUCUCUCUUUGUUCAGCAUCACUCCCCCACCCCCCUUCCUUGUUGUUGUGCUGCAUCCAGGGUUAUGUAAUAGUCUUAUGCAAGAUGAAGGAUCAGCUCACCUGAACAACUUAUCACUAUUCGAUCUCCCUAAGUCACCAGGCUCCCUCUCUGUCUCCAGCCUGCUGCAGAUGGGCAGAGAGGAUUGCCAGAUCAUCCCUUGAAGACUCCUUAAUCCCAUCAUCUUCUUAGGUUCACACCUUGAACCCUCAACACAGGACCUGCUGGGAUUCAGCCGAGGUUUAUUUUAAAAAGUGAACGGUUUUUCCUCUAAAAAUUAAAAAGUUCACAAAAUUGGCUAGCUGCAACAUCGAUUUCCAGUAAAGCCAUUGUUUUGGUUCUUUUAAAAAAACCCACAACCUAAAUUUUAUCAAGGUUUAUAAUAUAAAAUUAUAAAAUGAAAGGUUAUAUAUAAUUAUAUAAUGAAAGGUUAUAUAUAAUUAUAUAAUUAAAGGGUUUAUAAAAAUACAAAACUUGAUAUAUUUUCCCUUUUUAAAAAACCAAAUCAAGACUUUUAUAUAGAUACAGUGGUACUUCGGGUUAAGAACUUAAUUCGUUCUGGAGGUCCGUUCUUAACCUGAAACUGUUCUUAACCUGAAGCACCACUUUCGCUAAUAGGGCCUCCUGCUGCCGCUGCACAAUUUCUCUUCUCAUCCUGAAGCAAAGUUCUUAACCCGAGGUACUAUUUCUGGGUUAGCGGAGUCUGUAACCUGAAGCGUAUGUAACCUGAAGCGUAUGUAACCCGAGGUACCACUGUACAAUAAAAACGUGGGGGGGGGGAAUAGAGAAGGAAAAAGGAAGAAAUUGAAAGAAUAGAAAAGAGGUUAAAAGAGAAAGAUAGGAGAAUAAGCUGUCCGUUUUGUUCUGAUGGGGAGUAAAUUCCAUCUACAAAAUGCCAGCUUCCCCUCCUGGGCUGAACAGUACUUUUUGGAGAUUUCUAAAAAAUAAAAUAAAAAUCACUGCUACAUUUCUGCAUUUGGGCUGCUGUUACAAAAGCCUGAGAGUGAGGUCCAAAACCUAAGUAGAAGCUGGCAUUUCAGCCUUGGAGCAGAACUGAAGACUUUGUGCACAUCACAAAGGACACGCUCAUUUCUAAGCGAAGAAAGGAGUUCCUUUUAAACUUUUUUGCAGAUAAUAAUAAUAAUGGCAAAACGUUUCCCAGGUUCUUGGCAACCUUAGGACCAGGAGAACACGCUCAUUCUUUGCAAGACAAUUAGGAACAAGCUGUACCAGGAUUAACAAUGCUGUGAGCCUUCUGGGCAGAAUAUGUGUCAUUUUUUAAACAUCAGUGAACAGCUGUUCCCCUUGCAAUUUUAAUAAGCCAGGCUUAGUGGGCAAAAUUAAGAGCGAGAAAGCGAAGAGGUGGCCUGGCACCUGCACAGGUUGGACACGCUGAGUCUCUUUCGCUCUGUCAUUGUCUGGUUCCUUCAGCACCUGAGAGAACACAAAGGCAAAAUGGAUAAGGCUGCUUUUCAAAAGCCCAGACUCUUCGUUUUCCUUUCCUUUCCCUCAAUUCUUUUCUCAUUUAGACUGCAAGCUCCUGGGGCAGAGAGCUGGCUUUUCUCACUUGUCCUUGUUCUGCAAAAUGCUUUGUGCAUUGACGGCGCGAUAUAACAAACGUUCGGAGGAGCAAACUGGAGAGAUCAAAAGGCGAGGUUUGCAAAGAGCCAAGGGGGUGUUUAAAGGACGCCUCUCGUGUUGUUGUUUUUUUAACAGCGGGGAGAACUUUGGCAAGAACUUUUGACACGCAGAGAGAGAGCUGGUGGGGAACCCUCUGCUGAAACAGCCGCUUGUAUGUCUCGAUAGUUCAGCACAGCAUUGACCUAUGGAACUCACACCCACAAGAGGCAACGAUGGCCACCAACCUAAUAAUAAUAAUAAUAAUAAUAAUAAUAAUAAUACAGUGGUACCUCAGGUUAAGUACUUAAUUCAUUCCGGAGGUCCGUAGUUAACCUGAAACUGUUCUUAACCUGAAGCACCACUUUAGCUAAUGGGGCCUCCUGCUGCUGCUGCACCGCCGGAGCACAAUUUCUGUUCUCAUCCUGAAGCAAAGUUCUUAACCUGAAGCACUAUUUCUGGGUUAGCGGAGUCUGUAACCUGAAGCGUAUGUAACCUGAAGCGUAUGUAACCUGAGGUACCACUGUAAUAAUAAUAAGAAUAGAAUAAUAAUAAUAAUUUUUAUUUAUAUCCCGCCCUCCCCAGCUGAAGCCGGGCUCAGAGCAGCUAACAACAAUAAAAGUAACACAAUUUACACAAAAUCACCAUCAAUUAAUUAAAAUACAUUCUAAAAUCAUUCAUUCUGAAAUCAAUUCAGAAUCAAAUUAAUGGCAACCAUUGGGCUAGAGUUCUGUGAAGAUUGCCAAAGAAGGGGGUCAGACUGUGCCUUGGCCAAAGGCCUGGUGGAACAGCUCCGUCUUGCAGGCCCUGUAGAAAGAUGUCAAGUCCCGCAGGGCCCUAGUCUCUUGUGACAGAGCGUUCCACCAGAUCGGGGCCACAGCCGAAAAAGCCCUGGCUCUGGUUGAGGCCAGCCUAACCUCCCUGUGGCCCAGGACCUCCAAGAUGUUUUUGUUUGAAGACCGUAAGGUCCUCUGUGGGACAUACCAGGAGAGGUGGUCCCGAAAGUACGAGGGUCCUAGGUCGUGAAGGGCUUUAAAGGUUAAAACUAGCACCUUAAGCCUCGAGAGCCUUUCAAAGAGCAUUGGACAAAUUCAUGGCGGAGAAAGCCAUCAAUGGCUGCUAGCCAUCACAACUAUUAGCUAUGCCUCCACAGAUGGAAGCAAAUAAUUCUUCUGGAUAUCGGCUGGGGCUGCAUGAGGGGACUUGGGUUCAAGUCCUGCUUGUGGGUUUCCCAUGGGCACUGUGAGAACAGGAUGUUGGGAUAGCUGGACUAUCGGCCUGAAACAUAAACCCUGCCUUCUUUUUAUAUUUGAUCAGCCUGCUUGAACUGUUGGGGUCUGUUGAACUGGUGGGGUCCAGAAGUCCCAUCUCUGUUUAUUGAUACAUGACCUUGAGCAAAAGGUAUUCAAUCAAUCAAUCAAUCAUUUUUAAUUUGUACAGUGGUACCUCGGAUUAAGUACUUAAUUCGUUCUGGAGGUCCGUUCUUAACCUGAAACUGUUCUUAACCUGAAGCACCACUUUAGCUAAUGGGGCCUCCUGCUGCUGCUGCACCGCCGGACCACGAUUUCUGUUCUCAUCCUGAAGCAAGCUUCUUAACCUGAAGCACUAUUUCUGGGUUAGCAGAGUCUGUAACCUGAAGCAUCUGUAACCUGAGGUACCACUGUACAGCGUCUUUCUAUCUUACAAUACUCAAGGCGGUUUACAAGCUGAAGAAACAAAAAAUGUACCAGUACAUCUUAUAGCAAUCUAAUGCAAUACAGUGGAACCUCAGGUUACAGACGCUUCAGGUUACAGACUCCGCUAACCCAGAAAUAGUACCUCGGGUUAAGAAAUUUGCUUCAGGAUGAGAACAGAAAUCGUGCAGCGACGGCACAGUGGCAGCAGCGGGAGGCCCCAUUAGCUAAAGUGGUACCUCAGGUUAAGAACAGUUUCAGGUUAAGACCGGACCUCCAGAACGAAUUAAGUUCUUAACCUGAGGUACGACUGUACAAAAAUGUGAUAAUAAAAUAUAACUUUAAAAUAGGCAACCUACAUCAAAAAAGUAACAUUCAACAAUCAUUAGAAUAGUAUAAAAUAAUAAUAUCAACAUAUAAAAGUUAAACAGAAAUCCACUCAACAGUUACAAUAAAUAUGAUUUCUAAAUAUGAUUUCCCAGAGGACAGGAUCACACUUCAAAACGACCUUGACAGAUUAGAGAACUGGGCCAAAACAAACAAGAUGAAUUUUAACAGGGAGAAAUGUAAAGUAUUGCACUUGGGCAAAAAAAAUGAGAGGCACAAAUACAAGAUGGGGGACACCUGGCUUGAAAGCAGUACAUGUGAAAAGGAUCUAGGAGUCUUGGUUGACCACAAACUUGACAUGAGCCAACAGUGUGAUGCGGCAGCUAAAAAAGCCAAUGCAAUUCUGGGCCUUAUCAAUAGGAGUAUAGCAUCUAGAUCAAGGGAAGUAAUAGUGCCACUGUAUUCUGCUCUGGUCAGACCUCACCUGGAGUACUGUGUCCAGUUCUGGGCACCACAGUUCAAGAAGGACACUGACAAACUGGAACGUGUCCAGAGGAGGGCAACCAAAAUGGUCAAAGGCCUGGAAACGAUGUCUUAUGAGGAACGGCUAAGAGAGCUGGGCAUGUUUAGCCUGGAGAAGAGGAGGUUAAGGGGUGAUAUGAUAGCCAUGUUCAAAUAUAUAAAAGGAUGUCACAUAGAGGAGGGAGAAAGGUUGUUUUCUGCUGCUCCAGAGAAGCAGACACGGAGCAAUGGAUCCAAACUACAAGAAAGAAGAUUCCACCUAAACAUUAGGAAGAACUUCCUGACAGUAAGAGCUGUUUGACAGUGGAAUUUGCUGCCAAGGAGUGUGGUGGAGUCUCCUUCUUUGGAGGUCUUUAAGCAGAGGCUUGACAACCAUAUGUCAGGAGUGCUCUGAUGGUGUUUCCUGCUUGGCAGGGGGUUGGACUCGAUGGCCCUUGUGGUCUCUUCCAACUCUAUGAUUCUAUGAUUCUAUGAUUCUAAACUAUAAUCAAUAAAACCAUGGCAAGCCACAGUACAUAUACAAUACAAAUUGAGAAGCAGAGACUAGAGGGUGGAGCAAGGCAAGGUAUUGUCUCUCGCAUUUUACAGAGGGAAAGUUAAGGCUAACAGUGACCUACCUCACAGGGUGGUUGUGUGUUCCAUGUUUGCAGCGAGGUGAUCAUCCUCUAUGUUCCAAAGCUCCAGUUACGUGUGAAUAUUUCUGACCAAACAAACAAGAGAUAACUCUCUCUUUUUUCCAGCCCUGGCGCUGCCGUUACCCACCCAGCUCUCGGAGGAGGACGAAAAGGUAAGAACAGGAAAAAGGGUGGGGUGGUCAUGGCACCUAUAUUGGACCCCAUGUGUACUAUACCUUUAAAGCUUCCCCCAAAUAAUUCUGGGAAGUGUAGUUUGUUAAUUAUUGAGUUAUUAUUAAUUGAAUUUAUAUACUAACCUAUACCUGCAGGUCUCAGGGUGGUGCAUAGACAGGAGGCUUCUAUUCCCCCUGGUGCAAUACUUAGAACGCAUAAUAAUAAUAAUAAUAAUAAAAAUAAUAAUAAUAUUUAGAUGCCGCCCAUCUGGCUGGGUUACCUCAGCCACUUUGAUCGGCUUCUAGCAAAAAUAUAAAAACACAACACAACAUCAAAAACUUCCCUACACAGGGUUUUUGUGAUUAAUUCCUCUUCCCAGGGAACUCUGGGAUUCAUAGCUCUGUUCAGUACUUUUUUUGUUUAAAAUGUUUAGGGGGUUCUCUCAUUUUCCUACUCAUAUUGAAAUACUGCCCCUCAAGGAGACCAAACUUAGAUUCAGAAAAUGUUUAGGGGUAUGCGUACCCCUGCGUUCGCCCAGAAAAAAAGCACUGGUUCUGUUAGGAUGAUAGAGGGGUCUCCUGGCAACUCUCUGCAUCAUGGGUAGGCAAACUAAGGCCCGGGGGCCGGAUCCGGCCCAAUCGCCUUCUCAAUUCAGCCCAUGGACGGUCUGGGAAUUAGCAUGUUUUUACAUGAGUAGAAUGUGUCCUUUUAUUUAAAAUGCAUCUCUGAGUUAUUUGUUGGGCACAGGAAUUCAUUCAUUUUUUCCCUUCAAAAUAUGGUCUGGCCCCCACAAAGUCUGAGGGACAGUGGACCGGCCCCCUGCUGAAAAAGUUUGCUGACCCCUGCUCUGCGUGCUUACCAAAACUACAGCUCCCAGAAUUCUUUGGGGGAAGCCAUACCUUUUUCUUAAAGUUCAUUUUGAUGGGUUGUUUUUUGUUGCCAGGUUACUAAGUGCAUCACCGAAAUCCUCGCAGACACCCUCUCCAGACCCAGCCCAAUUCCGGUGACCAGUGAAUGCACGAAGAUACUUAGAGAGGGUAAGUUACGGUCUGUGUGGUCAAACUCCUUAAGCGGUGUCUGCAAAUACCCACAUCCUCAAAGUAAUGUGAAAAUAGGCCUUUUUAGUGGUGGCUCCCCGCUUGUGGAAUGUUGCCAGAAAGAGGCAAGGCCCCGCUGCAUCUGUGUUGCCCAGCAACCGUCAGCAGCAGCAGGAAGAAGACGACACAGGGCAGCCCUAUCUUUUCCGGCAACCACCAGCAGAGGGAACCACUGCUCUUGGUUGUUGUUGCCUAACAACAAACAGCCACCAGAAAACCAGAAGCAGACCUGCUGUUGCGACUGUGUUACCUGGCAACAGCCUCUCUGUUGCUUAGCUACCACCACUAGGAUGGGAGCCUCUGGGCAGGGGCAAGCGUGAAGGAGGCCCUGUUUGUGGUAAAUUGCCACAGAACAGGGAAGACUUUAUCAGGGCCACUUCUGUGUAAUCGUUUCUCACGGGACAACAGGCCUAAACUGUCCUAAUCUCUAUUUAUUAUUCAGAUGGUUAUACCCCCGUGGCUUACAACAUAUCAGCCUUGACCAACCUCUGAGAUUCUAACCUGCUUCCCUGCAGACAUUUUGGACUACAAAUCCCAUCAGCCCUGCUGGUCCAGGCUGAUGGGAGUUGUAGUCCAAAACAUCUGGAGGGGACCUGCUUAGUGAAGGCUGCAAUGGACGGUGGUGAAACACACAAAGGCACACACCUGUACUUUUAUCUCAAACCACACCACCCGGCAGCCUGUAAUUCCCUGCUGAGAGUAGAGACCCCUAUUCCCCUCAUGGAGCUACAGUUCCCAGGAUUACAUGUGGAAAAUGUAUUGAUUGUUAAGCCCCUCAGCAGCCUUAACAAACAACAUCUCCCAGAAUGUUUUGGGGGAAGCCAUGGCUGUCUAAAGCAGGCGUGGCCAAACUUGGCCCUCCAGAUGUUUUGGGACUACAACUCCCAUCAUCCCUGACCACUGGUCCUGUGAGCUAGGGAUGAUGGGAGUUGUAGUCCCAAACCGGCUGGUGGGCCGAGUUUGCCUAUGCCUGUUCUAAAGCUGAGAACCACUUAGUGCUUUAAAAUCGUAGCGCUUUAAAUGGAUGCUGCGGAUGCGGCCGUAGUCCCUUAGCAGAGGCCGGUUGUUUUUCUGAGGCUGAACAACUGGAGCAACUCCUUUGCACUUGGCUGGCGUUCCUGCCGGCCUUCAAAGCCACGCGCGAUGUGUGCGAUGUCUGGAAUCCAUGAUACUCGCUGCGAGUUUAAUUGGCACCCUGUCUGUUUUCAGAUGAGAGAGUCCUUGCGAUGCUUCACCACCAGCACCUGCUAACGGAGCUGGAGGAACUCACGCAUCAAGGUAAACAGGCGAGCCAAAUCCAGCCAUUCCCCGUUCUGUCGAGGAGAUGUCUUUCUGAGCCUUGGAAUCCGUUUUGCAAGGGCUGAGAUUAGUGCCAGCUCCAGGGUGCUGGAGAACAUUGGUUUUUAUUUCUUUCUUUACUAUCACUUUUUUCUCAAAGUACCUCAAGGCAGCACACCUCUUCCCAUUUUAUCCUCCAAACAACCCUGGGAGGGAGGUUAGGCUAGAAGAAGAAGAAGAAGAAGAAGAAGAAGAAGAAGAGCCAGGCUUGGGGCAGCUAACAUCCGGAAUUUCCCUGACAUAGCCAAAAUACUGCAGUGUCUGCGUGAAAAUCACUAAAAAACAUCAGGGAAAACCUGGAUGUAUGGCAACCCAUGUUAGCGAUGGGUUUUUUUGGCGAUUUUCCUGAAAAACAGCCCCCAAACUUCAUUUUUUGUCAUCUUUCCUCAAAAAUAGCUCCAAAACUUGGGGCAAAGGUUUUUUUAAAAAGCUCAACAAAUUUUUGAAAUAGGGCAACCCUAACUAAAAGUUUGUGUGUGGCAGGUAAAAAUAAAUAAAAAGGGUUGCUAGUCCUCCUCAGAGUAGACCCACUGAGAGAGACAUGACUAACUUGAAUUCAUUAAUUUCAGUUGGUCUACCCCCAGGUAGGACUUAGGUGAAUACCACCCACUGUCACACAAAAAAACCCCAUGGCAACUCCCAUAUUUUUGUGGUGGUUCCCAUUUUAUUUUACCCGCCAUGUGUGCUGGACCUAGAACUUGGCAUUGCGGGGAAAUUAAGAUGGCGGGUGCAAAUAUGGCUGCCAAGGGUCCCAGAGUGGGGAGCUCAGGAAGCAGUGGCCUCCUGCAGGCCUCACCAAUGACAUGGUCUCCGGAAAGUUAGACAACGUUGGUGCCAGGCCUGGUUGGGGAGGAAACAUGGAGUGAGAGAGGCCCAAAUAUCGAAGCGGAGAUGGUGUGAAACUGCAGCAGGACUGGGAGAAAAUGUCUGCGAAACAGACACAAAAAAAGAGCGAAAGGCAGACUUUUGGGACUUUUAAUAAUAAUAAAUUUUAUUUAUACCCCGCCCUCCCCAGUCAAGACCGGGCACAGGGCGGCUAACAACCAAUAAUAAAAACAAGUUGAUUAAAAUACAAUUUAAAAAACAAGAUUAAAAUACAACAUUAAAAGAUUAAGAUGCAGCCUCUUCACAGGAGGAGAAAGGAAAAAGGAAAGAGGGGAAGGGAAUCAAGUUGAUUCCAAGCCAAAGGCCAGGCGGAACAACUCUGUCUUACAGGCCCUGCGGAAAGAAAUCAGAUCCCGAAGGGUCCUGGUCUCAUGAGGCAGAGCAUUCCACCAGGCCGGGGCCAGUGUUGAAAAGGCCCUGCCCUCUGGUUGAGGCUAAUCUGACUUCCUUAGGGCCCGGGACCUCUAGGGUGUUGCUAUUUAUGGACCUUAAGGUCCUCCGUGGGGCAUACCAGGAGAGGCGGUCCCGUAGGUACGAGGGUCUUAGACAAACAAAAAACAAAAAAACACCCCCACCUUCGGUUGCCUUCCCUGAAAUUAUCUCAUCCCCACUGCAGAAAAUGAGAAGCAUCGUUUGGGACAUGAAGGCAACCAUGAGGUUUGGGAAGAGGAGGAACAAGAGGAAGUGAAGAAGAGAGAUGUCAAGCCUGCCCAGCAGAGAGAAGAAGCUGCGUUGGAGAAGACAGAGGAGCAAAAUGGGCAGGCGAAUAAAGAGGAGCAGGAGCUGAAAGAGUUUGAGAAGAUGGAGAAGACUGAGGAGAAGGUGAAGGAAGAGAAGGUCUCCCGAGGAGAGGAGAACAGAGAGGGUCUGGAGGAACAAGCCAAGGAGCGGAUGGGGGAGGAAGAAGAGGAUGAGGAGAGCGAUGAGGAGGACGAAGCGAGGAGGAAGAAGAAGAGAAGCUCCUCAGAGACGUGGUCUUCUAAGGAAUAUUUUGGGCACAUCAAGAAGAGGCGCCCCGGGCCUCCAAAGAUCAGGAAGGUGAUGCUUCGAGGAAGUCAAGAAGACGAGAAGAGGAACGGGCUGAGCAAGAGGCACUUCAGGUCAGAGGAGGAAGAGGAGAGCUCUGAAGAGGAGCCGAAGAAAUACCACCACGGAAGGUACAGCGAUGGCCACCAUCACCAUGAAGACUGGGACGAGGAGGAGGAAGAGAAGAAGAGAUCUGAUCUGGAGAAGAGGGUGGCCGAGAAGGCCAGCGAUGAGGAGACCGCCCAGUUUGAGGAGGAAGAGAAAGGCGUGAAGAUCUCCAACUCCCAGGCCCAGCUCCACGGAAGGUGGAAGCCAUGGGGAGAAGGAGAGGAGAAGGAUGAGGAGAAAGAAGGCAAGGCGAGGCAUGGGCAUCACCACAAACCGGCCGGCUUUGACCUCAAGAAGAGGCACUGGAAGGACGACGUCUAUCUGAAGGGCGGCAGGUAUCGUGGCCAUGAAGAGGAGGAAAGGGAGAGCGAGGUCAGUAUCCAUACUUGUUCCCAUCACAAGGCUUGAGUUGGUUAAGUAGCAAGAAGGAGAGGGGAUGGGGGAGAGCAGAUGGACAACUAUCCCAACGGAGAGGUGUAGAAAGAGGAGGUCUCCGAAGGGUCGCUGUUGGGACCUGUGCUUUUUAUCUUGUUCAUCAACCAGUACGUUUCUGAGCACAAUUCAAAGUGUUGGUGCUGACCUUGAAAGCCCUAAAGGGCCUCGGUCCUGUACACCUGAAGGAGCGUCUCCACCCCCAUCGUUCUGCCCGGACACUGAGGUCCAGCGCUGAGGGCCUUCUGGCGGUUCCCUCAUUGGAAGAAGUGAGGUUACAGGGAACCAGACAGAGGGCCUUCUCGGUGGUGGCUCCCGCCCUGUGGAACGCCCUCCCUUCAGAUUUCAAGGAAAUAAGCAGCUAUCUUCUUUUUAAAAGACAUCUGAAGGCAGCCCUAUUUAGGGAAGUUUUUAAUAUUUAAUGCUGUAUUGUUUUUAACACUUGAUUGGAAGCCGUCCAGAGUGGCUGGGGAAACUCAGCCAGAUGGGCGGGGUAUAAAUAAUAAUAAUAAUAAUAAUAAUAAUAAUAAUAAUCGCUUUUAAAUGAGUCAGAUGAACUGUGGAACUCAUCCUGGCAGGAGCCAAUGACAGCCACCCACCUGGAUGGCUGAUUUUUAAAAAAAUGCUUUUUAUUGGUGUUUCAUUUAAUACAUACAAACAAAAUACAGUAAAAUUCAACAACCAUUAACCCACAUUCUUUCCCCACACUCUGCUGAGCACUGACUUCCUUCCCUCCCUUCAACAGGUUUUCUUAUGUCAGUUACUUUUCCAGUUUCUUGUUGUAUCCAAUCCUAUCUACGUCAUAAGAUUUAUUUCAGUCCUGCCAGAGUCUUCAAAUUUCUACAGUUAUUAUUUACGUACUCCAUAAAUUUCCUCCAAUCUUUUUGGAAUUUUGCUUCCUCCUGAUUUCGGAUUCCACAGGUCAGUUUUGCUAGUUCCGCAUAAUCAACCAUCUUUCGUCUGCCAUUCCUCUAUUGUUGGCUAUUCUGGUACUUUCCAUUUUUGGGCUAAUGAAGUUCUGGCAGCAGUCAUAGCAUACAUAAAUAACCUUUGAUCUACUUUUUCCAUUUCCUCUCCCAUCAAGCCUGGCAAGAAAGCUUCCGGCUUUUUCGGGAAAGUGUAUUUAAAUAUCUUUUUCAAUUCGUUAUAAAUCUGUUCCCAAAAGUGUUUCAUUUUCUCACAUGUCCACCCCACAUGGAUGGCUUUGAAAGAGGUUUGGACAAAUAUAAGGAGGGAAACGCUAUCCAUGGCUGCUAGCCAAGAUGCCUAUGUUCUGCCUCCACGGCCAGAGGCAGCAAAGCUUCGGAAUACCAGUUCCUGGAAACCGCAGGGCUCUUGUGCUCGGAUCCUGCUUCUGGAUCCCCACAGGCUACUGUGAGAACAGGAGGCUGGACAAGAUGGGCAGCACUGGUUUGAUCCAGGAAGCUCUCCUAAAGUUCUCCUGAGUUAUCUUCUCUGGGGUAAGGGAACGGAGAACGCUUACGAACUGGCCCCAGAGGCACUCUAAACCUGGAAGAAGUUUGCAGGUGUGUGGAAUCUGAAGCGAUAAACCCGAGACCUUCUGGAAACAUGGCAAUGUGAGAAAGACAGAACACUUACACAGCGUCGGGGUAGCAUAGGUCUUCAAUCUCUCAUUUGCAACCUGAGCAGGCCCUCCAGAAAGCAAUAAUAAAUAAUAAUAAUAAAGUUUUAUUUAUAUCCCGCCCUCCCCAGCUGAAGCCGGGCUCAGAGCGGCUAACAACAAUAAAAGUAACACAGCAUUCUAAAAUAAAUUCGUUUUAAAAUCAAUUCAAAAUAAAAUUAAUGGCAACCAUUGGGCUAGAGUUCUGUGAGGAUUACCAAAGGAGGGGGUCAGGCUGUGCCCUGACCAAAGGCCUGGUGGAACAGCUCUGUCUUGCAGGCCCUGCGGAAAGAUGUCAAGUCCCGCAGGGCCCUAGUCUCUUGGGACAGAGCGUUCCACCAGAUCGGGGCCACGGCCGAAAAAGCCCUGGCUCUGGUUGAGGCCAGCCUAACCUCCCUGUGACCCGGGACCUCCAAGAUGUUUUUGUUUGAAGACCAUAAGGUCCUCCAUGGGACAUACCAGGAGAGGCGGUCCCGUAGGUACGAGGGUCCUAGGCCAUAUAGGGCUUUAAAGGUUAAAACCAGCACCUUGAACCUGAUCCUGUACUCCACCGGGAGCCAGUGCAGCUGGUAUAGCACCGGGUGAAUGUGAUCUCGUAGUGAGGACCCCGUAAGGAGUCUCGCCGCGGCAUUCUGCACCUGCUGGAGUUUCUGGGUCAGUCUCAAGGGCAGCCCCACGUAGAGCGAGUUACAAUAAUCAAGCCUGGAGGUGACCGUUGCGUGGAUCACAGUGGCGAGGUCAGGGCGAGAGAGAUAAGGAGCCAACUGCUUAGCUUGGCGGAGAUGGAAAAAUGCCGUAGUUAGAAGCUGGAGGAAUUCAGUGGCUUGAAAAAAAUAGUAAUUCUGCAGUGAACUCCAACCAGAAACUUUCUCUUUCCGAAACCUGAAGGCUCGAGAUCCGUAGAGGGAUAGAAGGGAGGGUGUUACCCAACUCUCCUACCUUCACAGCGUCACCUUUCAGCCAGUGCUGCUACUGGCAAGGCCUUUCCUCUCCUCUCUCUCAUAUGCAUAUCCUCUCUCUUUCCAGGUCCAGGAGCUUGAGAAGCUUGAAGAGAUCGAGCGGGAGCUGAAGAGGGCAGCUGAGAAGCUGGAGGAGCUGAAGAGGGGGUAG